UUUUUUUUUUUUUUAAUUUUCUUUAUUAUUUAUUUAGUAUAACAUUAAAGUAGUUUCAUAAAACAGUAUUUAGUCUUAAAGUAUUACUCAAUACGCAUAGAGCUAAACGGUUACGAAAUAAAGUUUGAAAAAAUAAAAAAAAUAUACAAACGAACGAAUUUAAAAGAAAACUUGUGAAAAUUCAAAAAAAAUUAAGUUACUCAAAAGAAAACUAAACUAAACUAUUAAAUAUGGAUAAAUCACAACCGCCACCAUAUUCACCACCCGGUUUUACUCCAGCUCAAGUUUAUCAGCCCGGACAGCCACAACAACCCUUAUAUCCACCCAUGCCACAGCCUCAACAGCCGCCACCACAGCAAUCUACUGUUAUUAUUCAGACUACAACACGACCAAAUCUAGUGGCCAUUGGCAAUGGACCCACACAUAUUCAGUGUCCAUCGUGUCAUGCUGAAAUUUUAACAACUGUCAAACAUACUGCCAAUUCAAGAACACAUUGCUGGGCCCUAGUUCUAUGUCUUUUUAUUUGCUGGCCUUGUGUUUGUGUACCUUACUGUAUGGAUUCCUGCCAAAGUGCCAAUCAUUAUUGCCCCAACUGUAAUGCGUACAUUGGAACCUACGAUAACUAAAAUUUAUUUAAAGAUUUUUUUCAAAAAGCUUUGAUUCCUUAUUAUUAUUAUUAUUUUAUUAGUAUUUAAUAUAAAUUAUUUUUAAUUUAUAUAUAUUUUUCUUAAUGUUAACUUUUAAUAAAAAAAAACCAAGCCGAUGCC